UUUCUGAGUUGCUGCCUACUGUUUGCUGCAAUGACUGAUAUAGAGAGUGAGAUACAAACGGAAGCAGAAAACGAUUCCUUAGAAUGUCGCGCGUGUUUGCAAAUUAUGAACACGGAUUCCGUUUUAUACAAUAUAUUCGAGAGUUGGACGCCGCCUUGGGAUGGAAUGGAAAAUAGUAUAGCGGAGGAUUUGGCGAAAAUAGCAAAUCUACAGAUAUCAGAAACAGACCGACAUUCCAAAGUAAUAUGCGAGACAUGCUGUCAUUUAUUGCUAAAUGCUUGUAAUUUUACGGCAAUUGUUAAGAAAAAUGAUCUAAUACUAAGACAAAGGUACGCAGAUGAUACUACGGAGCAUAAUUCAUCCAAUGAAAGGGUCUGGCCGAAACCAAUUCAAGUAGAUAAAUCUUUAGCUAGCUCUAUGUAUGACAAUUCUAUGAAUGUUGAAAUUAAACAAGAAGUCCUAUCCGAUGAAGAGAACGAGUAUCCUGCUAUAAAUGGCGCAUAUGAUACAUCUAGAGAAGAUAUACCAAACUUAGACAUUAUUAAAAUUGAGCCCGAAGAAAUGAUUCAGCAGCAACCUCUACAGAUACAAGUCACAGUGAAUGGAAACAUUCCAUUGGACCAUUUAAAUUCUAGUGAGACACAUUUAACAAAUGGAAACAGUGAUAAUGGGGAUCAUUUGAUUGCCCAAGUCAAGGAGGAACCAUUAAGUGAAGAAGACGACGUGGAUCCAAUACAUUCGGAUCUGUCACUUGAAUGUAUACUUUGUAUGAAGGCAUUUAAUAGUGUUAGUGGAUUGAAGGCUCAUGUAAUUGCACAACAUUCCUACAAGUCGGUCAAGCGAAAGAGUAAUAACAGCUUGUCACCGGAAAAGAAAAAAUGUAAAUAUAUCUGUGCUAUAUGUAGACGAACGUUUACAACAUCGACCGACUUAAUGGUACACGAAACGUGUCAUAAUAAAAGUGUGUGCUACGGUUGUAACGAGAGUUUUGACACAUUUGCUCAGUUGACAGCACACAGACGGACAUGCAAAGCUUUGUCUAGCAAAGAAGUAACAAAGCUCAAAACUCUCGAUGAUGUUUUAAGACCCCAGACGAAAGAGCAAACAAAUGAACUCAAGUGUGCUCACUGUGAAGAAACAUUCUCAGACGUGUACUACAUGAAUAUUCAUCAAGAGAUACAUCAUUCGAACAGUGAAGAAAAUGAGGCUGAUGAUAAAAUUAGUAUGGAAGUUGAUGAUGUUGAAAAAGUUUUUACUUCAAGUAAGAAGGCAAAGUUGAGCAAUAAAUAAAUUGCAGUCAUAAAUCUGGAAAAGAAUUUAAAAUGUUUGGAAAUUGAAUUAGUUUGAAAUAAAUGCACUACAAUGUAUUUUUUUGUCAUUAAAAAAAUUGUCAAGAUGAUUCAUAUUUUUGUUUAAAAAUGUUAAAAUAUUUUAAAUAUGAAGAAGUGACUUUUUUGACUGGUUUUAUGAUAAUUAAAACGUUGAAACAUGAAUAUAAAUAAUUUAAAUAGAUUAAGCUUUCAUGAACAUUUGUAAAGUAUCCAUUUUAUCAUUUCAUUGUGUAAAUAUUUUGUCUUCGGUAAUGUAUUUUAUGUAAUGUAGUAAUUACAGUUGUUUUGCAACUUAACAA